AUGGCGAUACACCGCGAGGCGGGAAAGGCCGCGUGCUCCCGCUCCUCUCCUCCUUCUUGUUCUCCCUCUUCCUGCUAUUCUUCCCCUUCUUCUCUAGAGUCUUGUUCUCCUGCGGACUGCGCGUUGGCGGCGCUCCCGUGGACGUCUGAGCAGCUCUGGUGGAGUCUUGAGGACUCUCUGCAUCGUUUAAAGAAUGCCCACAAGUUGUUUUCUUCUUCCUCCGCGUCUCUGUUUCGCUCGCCGCGCGAGAUCAUCCUCUUUUCGCUGCUUCUGCGCUUCGCGCGCGCCGCGUCUUCACCCGCUGCUGAUCCAGACACACCCGCGAGCGACGAAGGACUCCCGCGAGGGUCGAGGGCGGCCGCGCAAAGCUCGCCCCUUAUUCACCAGCAGGUGAAUCUACUCGUGACCGUGGUGGAGAGAGAGAUUCGAUGUGCGUGCGCACGCGUCGAGGCGAAGGAAUGCGAUUUCUUUCGAGGUGCUUCCGAACAAACCCUGCUUCCCGCGGGCUGGGCAGACGCCUUCCGAGACUCUCCCUCUUCUGCACUCGCGGCGCUGGCCUCUGUCUCGCCUGCUGAGGCUGCGGAGCUCGCACAGGAGGGGGCGGAGGACAGCGCGUUUCAGAUCUUUUGUCGAGGCACGACAGAGAUCCUGCGCGCCGCGCUGUUGCUCUCCGCCGCCGGUUCCUGGCUGCCGCCGGCCUCCCUCGCGUCUUCCACUUCGGCAGACGCCUCUUCGUUUUCUCUAUCGCUCGCUGCAAGCCUCGUCGCGGCGGCGGCGGAGCUUCUGCGCGCGGCCGUUGUGCGCGGAGGCGAGGGCGCGGACUCGAGCCUGGCGAUCCUGGAGAAGGCCUCCGCAGGCGCCGCGUCUGCAGAUGCCCGCGAGGCUGAAGAAGGCGACGAUGCGUGCGACGCGCUGUCGGCGUCGCUCGCGGCUCUGUUUUCGCUCUUUUCACAGUGCUUGCGCGCCUUCCUCUUCGCUGCAGCGCGCCUGCGGCUGCGGCCGCAGAGCGCUGCGCAGGUCUGCUCGCUCCUUUGCCAAACACCUGCGCCCUCCUCCCCCUCUUUGCCUUCAGCGGCCGCGGCUCCGAGGGUGGCGCCGAAGCCUCUUCUAUGGCUGCUUUUCUAUGUUCAAGGUCUCGCGCAUGCAGCGCAGACGGAAAUUCAGACGCGCGGCGCCUUCCCCGAUGACGCCUCGGCGCUCGAGGCCGCCCGCACGAAGAGCCAGCAGAAGCGGAAGCGGUCUGAGGCGCGUUGGGCCUCUGCGGCGGCCGCGCUGUGGGCUGCGGCGGAGGGUGCGAAGACGCAGAUCGCGGCGGUUUUCUCGCUCCUCGUGUCCCACACCCACACCGACGUCCUCGCGUUCCUGCGCUCCCACGCCUUCUCGACGUUCGUCGACAGUCAACUCGCGGCGGAGCAGAAGGCGCUGGAGGCCGCAAGCCGCGCUGCGACUGGUGACGCCGACGACGGCAGCGAGGCGCGUCCCCUGCCCGAGGACGAGAAGUCGCAGCUAGAGGAAGACCCCAAAGGGGGAGGCAGUCGCAGUCACAGCGGCAAGCCCUCGUCCGCGCAGCGGCUGGCAGCGUGCCUCACAUGCGUCGUGGCGACGCAGUUCGAGCUCGAGCGAGCUGCGCGCGCCGGCGACAAAAACCGGGAGACGGAGCCGUCCGCGGAGGCGGGAGCCCGCGGCUCCGGCGGACGCCGCAGUCUCCUCGCGCUGCGCGACCGCCUCGCCACGGCAGGCGUCUUUCUGCUGUUGCCGCCGCUCGCGUCGCAGCUCAUGACGCAGCUCGCCCGCGCGCUGGAGGACAAGCUCGCGGGCGCCGCCGGCGAGCGCGGGUUCCCGGAGGCGACCGUGGCCUCUGCGGGCGCGCCCGCGGCGGCCUUCGCCUCCGCAGCGGUGAAGCCGUUCCACGGCUUCCUCUUCUUCCUGGAGAUCCUCGCGCCGCUGCAGCGCCUCUUCGCCGCACCCUCCACCGCAGCCGCCACGCCGCCGCCGCCCCGCGAGCCCGUGCGCCGCGAGAAGCGAAAGCGCGACAAGGCGCGCGCGGACGAGGUGACCGGCGAGGGACGUGGAGCCCCCGCAGUCUCCGCGCUUGACGGAUACUUGCUGUUCCUGAAGGAGACAGAACUCAACUCGCUCGUCGUGACCUGGCGCUUUAUCACGUCUUCGUCGUCGUCGCUUCCUCUGCUUUCGCUGCGAGACGACGCGCUCGGCCUUCAGCACAACAGCCUAAUCAGCUUUGCGUGCUCACUGGUGGUGCGUCUCGCCUCCACGCUCGCGCACGCGGAGCGGACAGGUCUCUUUUGCCCCGCGAGUUCAGCUGCGCCUCGUUCGUCUGCCGAGUUCGCCUGCGCGCGCGCGAGCGUCCUGCGGCAGCUGCAGCGCCUUUGGGAGAGUCUCUCGAUCGCCGUUCAGCACUCUCCUGCGUUCGCCGAAGAGAGGCUUCUUCUGCCCCUCUUUGCGCUCGCGGAGCGCGAGCGCGAUCUGCUGCUGCCUUGGACUCUGGCGCGGCGAGACGCCGAGUCGCCUGGCCGCGACGCGCUCCAGCUGCGUUCGCUUCUCUCGCCUUCAAUAGCCGCGGGCUUGGCGACGCCCUCGGCGUCUUCGCCGACGCUCGCGGGCUGCGCGGCCGCCCUGCCCAGCGAGGCCUUCCUCGCGUCGCUCUUCUCGACCUUUGCCUCGCUUCACGAUCUCCCGAGUCUCCUCACGCGCCUCCAGACGUGGCUCAGCCUCUCGGCUUCGUCCGCCGCGCAGCCGGCGUCUUCGGCGGACGACGCCGCAGCGAAGGAGGAGAGAGGCGGCGGGAACGUGUUUGCGCAGAAGCUGCUGCGCGGGCUCGCCCAGCUGCAGCAGGAAGGCGGCGAGCGCAUGCAGGCGCGGACUGCCGGGAGACAAGAGGAGGCGGAGGCGGAGGAGGCCGCCGCCGCGUGCGGCGCGCCGCGUUUCUCGGGCGGCUUCUGCCUCUCUGCAGCCGUCGUGGACCGUGUGGAGAGUCUGGCGCAGGCGACGCUCCCCGCGCAGCUCGCGCCGCUAGCCUCGCAGUUCCUCGCGCUGCUGACGCAGACCGACGCCGCCUACCGGCGCGCGCGGUGCGCAUGGAAGAAGGUGCCCACCGGCGCGCAGGAGGAGGAGCCGGCCGAGAAGGAGCGUGUGCAGUUCUGGGAGAAGCGGAUAGUCGCCGUCUGCGCGGGGCGCGCUCUGCUCGCGGCCUUCCUCCGCGGUGUGCAGGCGCUGCGCGGCUCGCGCCGGAAUCAACAGCUCGCGGGGCGGCACCUGGAGGCGGCGCUUCCUGCGCUGGAGGCCUUUUGGUCUCGCGCCACCGCCUUCGCGCUGGACAGCCUGCGCCGCGACGAGGCGACGCCCGUCUUCCGCGAGGCGCUGCCGCUGCCCGCCGCGCGAGAGGAGGACGAAGGCUGCGCGGCGGUGCGCCGCCUCCACGCCCUGUGGACGGCUUCGCACAGUUCUCUCCUCCUCGCCCUCGGCGGCGUCGCGGCGCUGCUCAAGGCGUACGAAGUCCCCGCCCUGCCGGCAGGGCGCAGUGCCGAGGACGACGCGGAGGGCGCCGCCGUCGGAAAAUCUGAAAAGCGGGCUCUCGAGCGCGACCUCAAGGCGCAAUUGCUGCGCCUCGUGGAUGCGGCGCUGAGGCGGCCGAACAAGAAAGAGCGGCGAGAGGCUCGCGCGCAGAGCGUGGAUGCACGCUCGCCGUUCCCCAGCCCGCCGGCGUCCCACCUCGCCGUCGAGGCAGGCCUCCUGGUGCUGCUUCUCUCGAGAAACGACGACAUGCGCGGCUCGCACGACACACAGCAGACCGACGAGGCGGCGGACGCGCGCGUCGCCGCGCGGCUCCUCCGCUGGCUGGCGGGCGCCCAGCGGCGCGGCGGGCCGUCCUCGUCCCUCGCGGGUCCUGCAGAGUUUCUCGUCGAUCACCUCCCGCUGCUUUUCAAAGCCCUGCGCUCGCGCGGAGCGAAGGUCUCUGCGUUCGCAGGCCUGGAGAGGCUGCCGAGCGCCGCCGCGCUCUCCUACGCGGACUUUCUGGGCAUCGCACACGCCGCCCUCGAGCUCUGUUGCGGCGCCGGCCGGCGAGCGCUGCCGGCGCUGUUCGAUGUGCAGGCCUUUCAGCCGUUCGUGCUGCGCGCCUUCGCCGAGAAGCUGCGCGCGGCUCGCGAGGCCUUCGAGGGCCUCCUCGUCGCGGACGGCGAGCCGACAGCGGAUGCGGCGCAAAAGAAGCAGCGGACGACUGCGGACGAAGACGCCGAGGGAGCGGAGGCGGCGCUCGAGAGCCAGAGCCGGAAGAAGCGGAAGACGAAGGGGGGCGAUGACGGCGAAGCGCCACGCGAGUCGACGCCCCAGCGGGACGCAGAGACGCUGCGCCAAGUUGAGGAGCCAGUGGCGGCGGCUCGCGAGCUCACGAAGCUCGUUCAGUUCUUCCUCGCGCAGCUGCCUCCACUGUACGCCUCGCUCGCGAUUCGCGCCCCAAAGAUCUGCGGCGAGCGCACUGAAGAUGCCGAAGAGAGACCGCCGCUUCUCGACGUGCAAGAGGAGCUCUGGCGCGCCCUCGCGGCGGUGCUGCAGGCGCAUGCGACACACAGCGGACUCGCGCGGAGGACGGAGAGCUUUUCCUCGCUGCCGCCUCGAGCCGCCUUGGCUCUCUGCUCGAGUCCUUCUGCGCCCGCCUGCUCAUUCUGUGCGCCUCUGUUUGCGUCUUUGGAGGUCGAGCUGCUGCAGGCGCUCGCGCGGACGGUGGCCUGCGGUGGCGCCGUGCGGGCGCCUGCGGCGCUGGCGACGCUGCUGCGCGCGCGCGUUGGAGGCCCAAAGUCUCUUGUCUCAUUCCCCUGCUUCGAUUCGCCGUCAUCUGCGUGCCUGUCGCUCUCCUCUCUCUCAGCCAGCUCCGCGCUUUCCUCCUGCGCAGGGGGGCGUGAGGUGUGCGCGGCGGACGAGCUUGUCCGCGGUCUGCUGCAGCUCGUCGCCUCGCACGUGGCGCUGGCAGGCGAAGCGGCGCCUAAGGAGCGCGCGGACGAGGCGAGCCGCUGCAGGGGAGAAGUCAAGGAAGAGACGCAGCGUGCGCACGCUUCAGAGGCAUGUCGGGUGGACGAAAGACGACUUCUCGCCACCGUUGAGGAAGGCGAAAGAGCGGAGAAACUCGGCGAGGCGCUCGCGGAUUUGCUGUGGGAGGUCGAUGCGCGCACCGCAGCAGAGCCUGAACAGGCACAUGCAGAGGAAGAAGGACCCCGAGACGAAGAGCAUAAAAUGCGCGAGGGGACGGCGGAGGGAGACAGAGGGUGCGGCGAGGACGGCGCAGGGGUGCAGAUUCUCGCUCAGAUCUUCUCGUCUGUGCUAGCGCUCGGGUCGGCCUACGAGGAGGCAGAGCCGCGCGGCGACGCUGCGACGGGCGCCGACGCCCUCGAGAAGAAGAAGCGCAGAACGGAGGCGAAGGAGCGAGCGCGAGAGGCCGCGCGCGAGGACGGAGGUGACGGCGGAGACGCAGGACGGGCGCGACCCUGCCCACACGAUGGCGGCCUUCUCGCGAGAGCCGUCGCCGCGCGGAUUGCCUCGCAGCUGAGGCCAGCAAGCCCCCGCGCGGCUGCGCAAGGCUCCUUCAAGGCUCUUUUCGCGUCUGCGCACUCGGCGGCCUCCGCGCCGGUCUCCGCACCGUCGCUUUCUUCGCUGCGACUUUCGCGCCUGCUCCUUGCCUGCGUUCAGAGAGCUGCAGCGCACGCGGCGACGUGGCGGCGGGCGCACCACGAGGACGGGUGGCGCAGCAGUGCGCGGCGGCAUCGCGGCGCCGAGAGCGCCGUCCCAGCGAACGUGAGCGCGCGCGGCGAGUUGCGCGGCAGAUGCGCGGAACUCGUCGCGCGUUUCCUCCGCGCGCUUCGCGAGCAGUUGACGCCCGCGCGUCUGUUUCAGUGCAUGGCUGCGCAGUGCCUCGCGCUUCGCUCGCGCUCUCGUGCGUCGCCGCCGCCGGUCCGCGCUGCAUCCGCCGCCGCAGAGGACGCAGAGGCAGGCGCAGGAGACGACGACGUGAGAGCGCAGCACGCAGCUGUGGAGACUGCGCGCCUCGCGUGGAGCGCGCUCGCGCUCAUCGCCUGGGCGGCGCGCGAGGAGACGACGGCGAAGACUCCGCGAAGCGACGCGACCGCGGACAGGACCGACCCCGAGGCGCCUGCACGAGUCUGCGCGGCAGAGGCGCUCGCUGGCUUCUGCGCACAGGGCGACGACGGGACGGCGGCUGCGCGGGCGGAAGGCCGGCUCUUGAGCGCCUUGAGUGAGGCCGCGAGCUUGAGCAAGUCGCGAGACGCAUGCGCAGACAUCUCCGCCUUCCUCGAGCUCCUGGGAGACGGACUGCGCCUGCUGCAGGGUGAAGGGGGCGGUAGCGAGGCACAGGCCGCCUCCGCUGCGUCGGCGGCCUCAGGCUCGCGCGGCGCGGCUUCUCUGUCACCACUGUCUCCGUGUCCCCUAGCCCGUCGUGACUGCUCCUCUGCAUCGUGCGCGUGGGCAGCAGCGAGCGGCGGAGCUCCGCGCCUCUUCGUUCAAGUCCUGAACUCGUGUCGAAGCGAUCCCCCCCGGGCGAGUGUAGGGUGUGAAGCGAGUUUAGGGCCUGCAGAGGGUCGCCUGCGAGAGGCCGCCGCGACGCACCGGCUGGCGGCGCGCCUCUGCGCUACUCUCCUGAGGCGGAGUCUCGCUCUGGCGCUGCUUUUCCUGACCUCUCUCUGGGGGGCGGCGCGGCGCCCGCGGAGCGCGCCGCGCGAAAACGAAGCAGCGGAGGGCGACGGCGAGGAGGACGGGCGAGACCUACAUCGGGCCUUCGAGAACGCCUGGGUCAGCCGCACGCGGGCGCUGACGGAUCUCCUGCUCGCCAUGACGACCGACGAGAUCGGCGAGGCCUCCGCGUCGCUCGCCGCCCGCCCGCCCCCGCGAGAAACACCGCCAUUCGGUGAAGACGAGGAGGAAACGCGAGUGGAGCGGCAGCCGCCGCGCCGCGCGCAGACCGGCCGCGACCAGUGCUGGCGGGCGCUUAUGCACGACCUUCCAUCUUCCCUCUUCAUCCAGAUCCUCUGUCGGCUUGAGUCUGCCGCUGCAUCUUCUCUUGCUGAGCUUUCCGCCCUUUCUCCACCUUUUGUUUCGUCUUCCUUUUCUCCGCCUUCGUCGUCGUGCGCUGCCGCACGCUACGCCUCGUUCCGCCGCGCCGCCUUGCAGAGUGCGGCUGUCGCCGAAGCCCUUUCCUCGCUUCUCAGCGAGCGCCAGGAGUUGAUUCGGUGCUUGCGUGUGGCGUUCGUCCGCUGCUCCUCCUCGUCGCUCUCCUCGCGUCGCUCGCCUCCGCUCGUUGAGAUCCUCUGCGUGGUGCUGCAAACGCUGCAGGGGGCCUGCGCGCGAACGUGCGAGGCCGACAGGCUCUCGCUCGUUGACGCGCAGGAAAAAAACCGGGAAAACUUUCUCAGCGAAAUUUCGCAGGUAUUCCCAACGCACGCACCUGGAGUGCCAGAGGCCGCCGGGCGCCCGCACGCGCGCAGAGAGACGGUUUCGGUCUCCGACCGCGCGCUGGCGGAGCGGUGGAGCCUCGUCGUGCAGCAGGGCCUCUGUCAGCGACUCGGGCACGCGACGUGCGCCUUAGCCGGCGCAGCGUUCUUCCUAGCUGGGGAAGCGAGAAAGCGUUCGCUUCGCUUUUCUGAGAAGGCCGGCGGCGACGCAGCAGCGGCCGCCCCUGCGCUGACGCAGUUGGAGGCUCUCGGCGCUCAAGUCGCCUGCGGCGCCAGACUCUUCACCGAUCUUCUGACACAGCAGUACGCAGAGACGCGCGCGCCUGUCGUCGCGUCUUCGUCUUCCUUUUCGUCUUCUUCUCUGCAACGAGGACUCGUGGAGGCCCUCCAGUCCCAGACCGGGCGCCACCUGCACGCGCUGGUGUUGCUGCUGCUGCAUCCUCGGCUCCGACAGCAGAGUCUCGAGAACGCGGUCACGGGCCUCUUCGGCGACGUCCUGCGUCUUCUCCCGCUCGCGCCACACCUUUUCACCUCCUCGGAUUUAGUGGACUUCCUGGCGCGCGCGCUGGAGCGUCUGAAUCAUUUUCUUGCGGCGGGAACUUCGUCCUUCGCCCUCAAGCACGCGAUCCGCCGGUUGCUUCUGCUUCUUGCCUCGGAGAUCGUCUCCGUCAGGCACGUCCUCAACGUGUUGGUAAUUCACAUUUCGUCGAAUGCGCAUGCCCUGCUGGCUUUCGCUCCCUCUCUCUCCCCGCUAGGCGAAGACGAGGCGCGAGCCGCGCCUCCCGAAACGGAGCCUGAGCAGCCCUCCCCAGCGGCACCUGCAAGCGCCGGGGUGCGCCUCGGAGCGCGGCCUCUCGAGGCGCUUCUGAGGCAAGUGCUGGCUCGGGAGGAGACGCAGUCUCGAUUGGAGGGCGCAGACGCUGGCGAGAAAGCGAAGUAUUGCUGGAUUGAGCGCGAGCGCGCGCGCGAACUGAGUUGGCAGAGCUCGCGAAAAAAAUUCGUCGCGCAGGUGCAGAGACUCCAGCAGGCUCUCGUGCCCGUGCUGCAUGCGGCGCUGGAGGGCGGAACCUCGGGAGACCGCGGCGAAGACGAAGUGAACUUCGUCCUCGCCAGCAUCGUAGACAGCCGCACUCGAGCACAACUGGUCGACGCAAUCAAACAGUUUCAACAGUACCACAAAUUCAGGGGAAAAACGUGA